AUGUUCCUCUUCAAUGCGGCCGUGAUGGGAUUUGCGGAGAGCAACUGGAUGACCAUCAUCCUGGACCAGAUCGAUAGCAUGGUGAUGAACGUGGCGAAUUCGAGCCGUCUCCAGGAGGAGUGCGACGUCUGCUCCCUUGUUCUGAACCAGUGCGCCCAGGGAGCUUGCAAGCACUGCUUCGUUGCCGACUGGGACACCGAGCACGAACUGUCUUGGAACUGGUUCUGGGAGAACGUGGAGCGGAUGCUCAAGUCGCUGCUGUCCAAGCCCAAGGCGCGCGGAAUGGUUCUCGUUUCGGGCAGGCUGCGCAGUGGUAUGGCAGAUGUGCACUCGGCGUUGCUCUUGAAGGGCCAAGUGAAGGCGCUGGAGAAGUUCUUGUCAUCUCUCGACGAAGACCAGACCAACUUCCUGCGCCGAGAUGUCUAUCGCAGGUUCUUCGCAACCGCGCCUGCUGGCCAGGACUUCUUCAAGCAGUCGACGACGCGCCUGUUCUUCAUCGCGGACAAGGUCUUUGCCAUGACGGUGGAGAUGUUCAACUCCCCCCGAUCGAUGGUCGAGGAUAUCUCGGCUCUGGGCCUGCGCCACGUGGGCUACGCUAUUCCCACGGAGCUCUUUCCCCCUUUUGUGUCCUCGGCCGUCGACGUCGUCCGUUCCAUGACGACGGACAGCCUGGCCGAGUCGGCCUUCCGCUGGUCCCUGACCCUGGUUUCGAAGAUCCUAGUCCGGACCAUCCUAGAAGGCUCGACGAUUGUGAUGAAGGCGGUGAACACGAACUCAGAGAAGGCGCUUCGCCGCGCCAUCUCGGUCGCGCCCCGGGGUCGCCGCGCGCAGGAGCUUUUGGAGAUCUCGGUGGGAACUCAAUCCAUAUCGCCUUUGUACUGGUCCAUCGAAAGCGGGAGCCACAACUGCUCGAAGGCGAUGGUUGAGGACCUCCUCACGAUCCGGGCAGACCGUGACAACUACUACUACGGCUGCGACGCCUUGUUCACACGUCACCCGGAGGUGAUCCACAAGCUCUGUGUGGAUGCCCGCCAGCUGAUCUGGCCCCUCCUGGAUGGCUUGAUCUGGCGUUCACGAAUCUCUGUGCAAGGACAGCGCCGGGUGAACUAUUACAUCAAGCACCUCGUCCAGGACUCCGAGGGCAACUUUGCCCAGGCUCUCGAGUGGCUUGCAGCCUCCAAAGAUCCGAGCGUCGUCGUGCAUCCUGUCGUGGUGCUUUUCUCUGAUCUUAUGUGGACUCGUGUGGUCAUGUACCACUUCCUGGCAGAGCGACUUUACUUUGCCUUCACCCUGGCGAUUUUCAUCCUCAGCCAGUCGGUUUUCACGCUGAACGGCAACUUCGUGGGCGAGACAGAGAACAUCGCGGUCUUCGCAUGCCGAUGCUUCAUCUACCUGGGCAGUAUGUGCUUUCUUCUCAUCCGCCUGGUGCGGCUCUUGAUCGCCGACUUCCGCGCAGGGGACGUCACGAGGUUCCGGUGCCUCCCGGUGCCCAACUUCAUCCUCAGUGCGCAAGAGGUGGGAUACUUCGGUCUGCUGGUGACCAUGAUCAUCAUGUGCACCCAAGAGCCCAUCUUCUGGUGCAUGGGCAACAUGGAUGGGGACUUUCCGGGGUCUGGCCUCUUCACGCCCUACUGCCCGGAGGGUGAGUCACAUCUCGAGGUGUACAGCAUCACCUCAGGUGUGGCUAUGUUCUUGUACUGGCUGCUGAUUAUUGAUCUGUCGAUCUUCUCCAUGCAGAUCUCAGCUUUUGUCUUGGUCUGUGGGCGUGUUCUCAGUGAGCUCGCCCUCUUUCUGACGUCUCUGGCUUUCCUGAUUCUGGCUUUUGCAACUUCCGUGAGCGCGAUCUCGCAUCAGCUUCCGGACUUCGCAGGCAUCGACGCCGCAGCUCUGUCGUUGCUGGCCAUCUCACUGGGCCUUUUCCCCAGCGAGAAGUACAUUGAGAUGAAGGAAUCGGUUUGGGUAACUAUCCUGGUCGUGGUGUUCGUGAUCAUCGUGGCUGCCUUCCUCCUGAACCUCCUCGUCGCGCAGCUGAACCAGGCGUAUGCCCAUGUCUACCUCGACAUGCAGGGAUACGCGCGCCUCAACCGCGCGAACGUCAUUGUGCCAGGGGCUGAGUUGCGCUGGGGAGCAUGGCCCAAGCUUCGGCACCAGUUGACGUCCUACACCGACGCCAAAGAGGGUUACUGA